AAUAUGGCGACAGAUUGUGACUUCCGAUGCAUAUUUCAUCGAUACACCGGUAUAUAGAAGGCGACAGACGCCUUACAGAUUGUUAUAGAGUUGUUGAUGUAAUAUUUUUGUCAAGCAAAGACGAUGUCCACAAAGCAUGAAGUACAAAAGGCACAAGUUUCUUGGAAGAAAUGUGUUUUCUGUCGUGAAGCGAUUGUUUUCAAAUCACCCCGAGAAUUUUGUCAACACCUUCGUGAUUUCCACUGCUCUAAAGAGGGAGGAUCAUAUGUGUGUCGUUACGGAAUGAAUGGCGUGUGUCCUUCGCUUCCUUUGGAGGGUGUAAGUGACAGAGACUAUGAGGAUCACGUCGCCAGAGAUCAUGUUUAUAGUGGGGACACAGGAGCUCGGAAUAAAAGUCUAUCCAGCCAAUCCAGACUCAGUUCCUCCACCACUCCAACCACCACUGAGCCGAGUGUAGUGUCGGACCAGUUUAAAUGGACAGUGUACAAUGCAGUGGUCAACAUGCCUGCUGUUCUCAAUAACCCACGACUAGCCAGGAGGGAGACUGAUUUCUUUACAAAGACAUGGGGACAGGAUUUUGAAAAACAAUCAAUUCUCCCUUCACCGUAUAUUCCAGAAAUAACAGCAGAGCAUUUCGAGAAGUAUGUUCACAGAACAUCUGCCAGACACAAGAAACAUGUGCGAAACUCGCAGAAACUGUCUGAGCCCCAAGCACCAAGUCAACAUGCAUUCCCGUCACUGAAUAUGAAGCAGUUAGAAAAGAACAGAGCUGAACUAGACCAAAUCCCCAAAUUGUUUAUGAUGCCAAAUUUUUCACUGGAAAACCUCGAUACCUUCAAUUCUGUGUUUCCAUGGACACAAGUGGAACAGUCCAUGUCAGGGGCAGGGGAGACCAAGCAGUCAUCUAAACUUUUGCAAGAAAGGAUGAGUCACUACUUGGAUGUGGUGGAAGUUCAGAUUGCCAAACAGAUCUCAAUCAAGUCAGAAGCAUUUUUCCAUGCAAUGACAUCACAUGACGAACUCCAGGAUCAGUUGCUACACACCUGUCAGGCCAUCAAGCAACUCAGGGAUAAAGUGCAUUCCUUAGACGACCGUUUAGCGGUGGGAUCAUUAAAUAUCAUGCACAAAACACGAACGAGAGCAAACUAUGUGAACCUUCAUAAUAAAUUAAAGUUAAUGUCAACUAUCCAUCAAACACAACCCACGAUACAGCUUCUGUUGUCAACCAAUGAGUUUGUUGGAGCUCUUGAUCUCAUCUCCACAUCACAGGAAAUAUUGUCUCAGGAGCUGGCAGGGGUACAUUCCUUUAGACACCUCGGGUCCCAGUUAGCGGAGAUGGAGAAGUUGAUAGAUAAGAUGUUGCUGGCUGACUUCCUGAAGUACGUCACAUCGGAGCUGAACAGGCCUGUCACAGAUCUCGAGGUCUUGACGGGAGAGGAAAAACUGGUAUCAAUAUUAUUUGGACUCCUUCGACAGAAUAAGCUCAACUUUGUUGAUGUUUAUAGAGAGGAAGCAUUUACUGCUCUCAAGGCUGUGAUAAAACAGACUGUGGUGGAAGCUGUGUCUGCUGCAGAUGAUAUCGACACUGAAGGAAAUGUUGGCAGCCUUGCGGAUCAGAUGCGUCUCCUCAACUACCCACAGUGGAUGUCUCUGCUAAAGCACAUUUUCUCUAACAUGAUGCAGCUCCUACAGAGGACUCAGGCAUUCCAUGGUGUAAUGAGUGAUGUGAUAGGGAUUGCAGCAGGGAGGACAAAGGCGCCAACACCUGUGUCAACACCCACGUCGGAGGACAAGCGAUUCCUGGAGGAACCCUCUCAUCUCCAUGUGUCUGUGAGCGAGGAUGUUGAUGUGAUGAUAACGGAGGCAGAAUACACCAAACUGAGCAUGGGCUUGAAAGAGAUGCUUUGCGCCGUCUGUGAUAAUGCUCAUGAUCGCUGUGUCAAGGUCGUGGUAGCCAGGGCAAAGGAUGGUUUUCUCGAGAGACUCUCCUCAUCGGAGUUCGUUGCCUUGUGCCGAGAGGUAGAGGGUUUUGUCGGUGACUGCGAGACCAUCUGUGGCCGACCCAGCACCUCCCUCAGGGGCAGUUUACAGAACCAGGCAAACAGGUUUGUGGCUCGAUUCCACGAAGAAAGGAAAAACAAACUCAGUCUGAUCCUGGACAACGAGAGAUGGAAGCAGGCAGACGUCCCCACAGAGUUCCAGGACCUUAUUGACCAUCUCGCAGCUACAGGUGCAUUGUCCAUUCCUGAAAGAAGAAUAGAUUCAGAUGGUAGGAAGCCUUCGGAGUUCAUCACCGUGGAUGGUGAAAAGUAUGCUGUGGUCGGCACGGUGUUGAUGUUGAUCAAGAUGGUGGUUGAAUACUGCCAGUGUCUCAAUGACAUCCCUACUGCAGCCCCAGAUCUCCUCACCAGGCUCAUAGACUUGCUCAAGACGUUCAACUCCCGGACAUGUCAGCUAGUCCUUGGGGCUGGAGCUCUGCAGCUUGUCGGCCUGAAGAAAAUCACAACCAGGACAUUGGCAUUGGCGUCGCGGGCCCUGCAGCUGGUGGUCCACUACAUGCCAAGGGUGAAGGCACACUUUGAGGACCAGCUACCCUCACGCAACGUCAACAUGCUCAAACACUUUGAACAGAUCAUCAAGGACUACAAAGACCACAUAGAUGAAAUCAACAACAAGCUCCUCACCAUCAUGGAGAACAUGAUGGAAGCACAGCUAUCACAGUAUGAAGUGAAAGCACCGAUGCCCUCAGCAUGCUUUAGGUCUCUCUGUAAGCAGAUGGCCAAGCUACAUGAAGCAAUCAUAGACAUUCUCCCAGUUUCUCAGGUCAAGGACUUGUUUGUAAGAAUCAACCAGUCUUUCAAACAGAUACUCAGUAGACAUCUUGUACGACUGAAUGUGUGCAAUGAUGGAGGGCCCCAGUAUGGGCUUGUGACUUCAGACCUUUUGUUCUAUGCUGGAAAUUUCCGAACUUUGAAAGGAAUUGAGAGUUUGUGUGAAAAUAUGAACGAUGUAUGGUUACCAAGGUGACAGACCAAAUGUGAUUUUAUGAAGACAAAACAAAGAAUUAUUCAGGGCAUCAAAUUCAACAUACAGAUCAUCAUCAUCAUUUUCACCAUCAGUCAACUGCCACAAGCAGACAAAACCAGUUCGUUAGUCAAGGAUUUACCACGCUUCCAUCUUGGAGUACACAUCUCAAGGCUUGUGACGAAAUGAGAGCCAACUCACCCAUGGACCUGCUACUCCGGAAACAAUUCUUCAUAAUGCCAAUAUUCUACUGAUAAUGCUUCCCAUGCUUUUGAGAAUGAUUUUUUUCAGUUUUGCUGAUAUCCAAAUAUUUGUCUCAAGAAUCAGUCUGCCAUAAAAGUUACAAACAUUCUUCUUGUUUGAGCAAGUUCAUCUGGUUUACUUUUUGCUGUGGGUUGCUGUAUCAUUCAGUUCACGUAAUCCCUUACCAUGCCUGUAUAACAUGCUUUCCGAUAGUCAAAACUAUUACGAGGGUUAUAUCAAAAUUCAUCCAUGGUGAUUGUCAUAUUAGGAAGUCACUCCUAGUCUGCAUUUAUCAUUCUGCUUUCAUGCAUGCGAUUCAGGAUCAACUCUUUUCAUUCAGAGAAACAGGUUUCACAGGUCCUUAAAAAACACAUCCAGGAUGUUUAUUUUUUAUACCUGCAUGGUGUCUCUGUGUAACGAGCAAGCACGUUAUAAUGUGGGAGGAUAAGGAAGACAUAUUUUUAGGGAAAAAAUAUGUUUACAACCACAAAUGAUUUUCAAAAUGAAACCAAUUCUAGCUUUUCAGAAAAGUUUGGUGACAUGUUUAUAUUGUAAGACUAUAUGCUUCCCUCUGUGAUUAUUCCGACCAUAUUCACUACCAUACACACAAACUGUACCCUUGGAGUCAAAUUGUUCACUUUCACCACGCCAUGGCUCGGCAGCUUGUGAUUUGGGUAUCUUCAUGGAGUAGAACUAGGCUGAUUACUGGGAGUGAGACGAUACACAAGGUCAAGAUGUGAUGGCGAUACGCAUAUUUAUGUCAUGUGGAAACAUGUGGAGUAUUCAUAUUGCAGAACAGCUUCAAAGGGAAAAGCCAGCUGCACAAACAUGUUGGUAGCAGAUCUUGUCAGAAGUGAAAUUGAAAUGCUAAUUUCAACAGUUUUUAAGAGAGCUUGUGGGACAUUGAAAGGGUAGCAAGGAGUUUAUUUUAGCAAGCGUAUUGUCAUGUAUGGAUAUGGAUGCAGAAAUUAAUCUAUCCUGUAUUAUGUCAAAGCAUGAAACAUCUUAAUGCACCAAUGUAUUGUUUCACCAGGGCUCCAGAUAAGGGCCGUAUCAGCGUAUGUACGGAUAAAAAAUAUGCACGAUACGGUAGGAAAUAUUUUGGAAAACGUAGCAGAUAC